AUGAAAUUUCCUCGCAAAAUUAAAAUAGCUGUGAACUUCUUAAAACAUAUUUUUGAAAUCCAUAAAGACACAAAAGGUGGCUUGCGCACAUCUGGCGUGGAUGCUGGAUUGUUGGAUUUAAUAGCCGAGAUUUUAGGCUUUCAAUAUGAACUUGUGAUUCCGAAAGAUGAAGAAUGGGGAAGGUUGGAAGAAAAUGGAUCUUGGUCGGGAAUGAUCGGUUUGGUAUUGAGGGAAGAAGUAGACUUGGCCAUGACUUUUUUGUCACCAACUGAAGAAAGGAAAUCAGUCGUCCCCUUUUCGAUACCCUAUGAAUCUGAAGAAAUAACAUUCUAUACUGAGAUACCCACGAAUCUGCCUCCUAUAUAUAAAUAUUUACUCCCUUUCACGAUAGAAACUUGGGCGGUGGUUCUUGUAUUCUGUUUUAGCAUCCCUUUAGUUUUUAUAUUGAAUUAUAGCAAAUCGUUUUCUUGGAGGAAAUACUUGUCUUGUUUCUUUUCUAUUAUAUUUACUAGUGUCGUCAAACAGCCUAUAACCAUCAAGUUUAAAUCAUUUAGACAGAAGUUCGUUUUGGCUAACUGGAUGGUCUUUGUCAUGGUAAUAUCACUUAGUUAUGCUGCCAUUUUGUCUUCUUUUCUAACAGUACCUUUGAAACAAGCGCCCGUCAGAAAUUUCCUAGAGCUUGCUGCUGUUGUAAGUUCUGGAUAUUAUCGAUGUUACAUUUCCAAAGGUGCACCAGCACUUAAUAUUUUACUUCGCAGUAAUAUUUCUUCACUUCAGUUCAUGGGUCAACUGAUCGCCAACAACGAAUGGUAUAGAACUGAUUACCAGAAUUCAUUUGAAAGCAAGAUGGAAGCCCAAACAGCAGUUAUUGCCACAAGAACCGAGCUGAAUAAUAGAUUCGGAAAAGAGCCUUUUACCACAAAAUUCAUUUCUCGGGAUUCUCUGACCAAUCUCGAUGUAGCUAUAGCAGUCAGGAAGGGCUUUUGUUGCAAAACGCCACUUGAUUCAGCUAUUAAGAAAAUAAGAUAUGCUGGAUUGUAUAAAAAGCUUAGUGAUGAUGAAAUUUUCAAAUCUAGUUACAGCAUAACUAAAAACUUAAAUGACACAAAUAUAGUGAGAUCUGUUUCCAUUAGUGAUCUUUCUGCAUCGUUCAUUAUUCUUUUAUGUGGCUAUGCAUUAUCGAUAAUUGCACUGUUUGGUGAACUAAGUCAUUUUCAAUUGAAAAAAAAAAAAAAAAGCACCACUGUGCUUUUUGUGAAAAUGUAA